AUGUCCAGCCAAGGUCCAAAAGCCACAUCAAAACGGUUCCGUCCCCGGGUUCCCUUAGAUCAGCGCAAACGAACUGUCAAAGCCUGCACUUCCUGUCGCUUACGCAAGCGACGAUGUGUGCUGGUAUCCCCUGACAGAUGCCAGAAUUGCAACAAGAUCAAUUCAAGCUGUACUUUUGAAGAAGAGAAAGAGGAUGCACCGGUCGCCUCCACAACUAGUCAUUCCUCCCGAGAUGGCGUCAACCACGAAGAUGCCGUGGCAAAGUUCAAGCGACUGCAUCCGGAGAUUGAUCUCAAGCCAAAUCAUUCCGUUGUCUUAAUGGAAAUCUUCAAGGACUCAAACCAAGGGUCUGGCGCUGAACAGUUCUCAAGGAAAAAGCGUAUAGCCACGGCAACACGCAGUAACCCAAGAACUUUGGAAAGAUAUGAUGCGCUAGCUCAUGGAGAUUUCCUGGCUUCGGCUACUGAGGCAGUUUCCCAAACGGAAAGACCUGACUUCUUUGAUUACAUCUCCUCCUUUUACCCUACUCUUGAAGCAUCUACAGAAUAUGACGAUUUUCUCAUCGCCCAAAUAUUAAAAGAUUUUCCAACUCAUGAAGAGGCUGAAGUCCUCAUUUCGGCCUUUUUUACAUAUGCCGAAGCAAACUGGUACUACUUUGAUAGGACUACAUUUUGCAGUCAACUGUCCGCACUAUUUGCCAGUGGGCUUGCCGUAUCUGUCGCAGAUCCCAAAUUCAUAUGCCUUGCGACAGCCGUAUUUGCCCUGGGAAGCCAGUUCGCUCAUCUGCACGAUGAUCAUUCCAGCGGUGCAGAAAAACCAAAUAUAGAGCAGACUGGGAUCCCUGGGGCUCGGUUCUUCUCACAUGCGCAGCGCCUUAUUCCACGGAUCAUAACAUGUCCAGCUUUGGAGGGGGUGCUAAGCUGUCUAUUGAUAGCCCUAUACGCUCUACCAAUCCACAACCCCAAUAUAUGUUACACGUACCUUGGCCUAGCCUUGCGAGUCGCCAUCUGUCUCGGUCUACAUCGAAGAUCUGUCGACAACGGUCUACCCCCGCCAGUGUUGGAGACCCGGAACCGCGCAUUUUGGACAACCUAUAGUAUUGAACGGCGGAUAGCUAUCUCUCUCGGGUAUCCGGAGAUGUUGCAAGAAAAGGAUAUCGAUUGCGCCCUGCCCAGGUGGCAAGCAGAUCUAGAUCCUCCCGGUUCGUGGCAAGCCGAGAGACUCCUGGCGUAUACCAAGUUGACUCUACUACUGAAUAAGUCAGCUCAAUCUAGACCAUUGGACAAACAUGCCACAGAAGAAAUCCGAAGUCAACUUCUGGCCUGGAAAAACGAGCUCCCAGCCCAACUAACAACACUGGACACCACCACCGUAAGAGUGAAUGCGCACCUGCAGCUCCACUACUGCAUGGUUUGGACCCAGAUCAGCCGGGGGAGUCUCAUCAGCAGGGUGCGCAGCGUGCUUUCCAAGGAGAGAGCCCACACAGAAGACAUCUCCACCAGCCCAGAAGCCGAAGAACUGUCAAGGCUCUGCGUCGGACAUGCAGAGCGAAUAAUCGACCUCAUUGAUCUGCUCCGCAAUCGCCGACUCCUCAGUCGGUUCUCCCACACUGAUUUCCACUCCUGCAGCUCGGCCACGAUGAUUAUUCUCUUGGAGAGUAUCUUGCACCCCCGGCUGACGUCCCACACUAGAGUCAGUAGGGCUAUGGAUGCCCUGCAUUUCAUGGCCUGUGGCAGCGAUUUUGCGAGAAGUAUCCUCAAGCAUGUGGACAUGUUUCAAGCCGCUGUUAACAAAGCUUUGGCAACCAUGUUACAUCAAGGAGGGUCAUAUAUUGACGACCAUGGCGGUAUCGAUGGCACGAAAAUGCCUAUUUCAACUUCACGGUUUGAGCAGCUGCAAGCCAGAGAUGAAGGCUUACAAUGCCUAGGGAACACUCAUCCGCGGUAUGAUACCCCACCCAUCGACCGACAUUCACAGGAGCCAGAUAGAGAACUCGCCAAUUACCAAGGGUUUGGUGGGGUCUUUCUCGAAGAUAUUGGGGCUCUGAUAGAAGAGUGUUCGUCGACCGACCUACAUAUACUAGGGUUCGACGGGCUUUUUGGGUGA